AUGGCGAUGAAUGGGAUGACGACGCUGAGCGUGGGGGUGGGCGUGACGCUGACGUCUACGUUGGUUUUUAGCGCGGUGAUUUUGUUCUUGCUCGCGCUUCAGGAGGCGAGAUACGUGGUGAUGAAUGAACCGGUGAUUUUUUACAGGUGCGACGGCGCCGAUCCGUCGUGCUGCGUGAACGGGCCGCAUAACAAGGGCUAUAACGAGAGGUUCGUGUACAUGAACCACGGGCGCGGGUUCGAGACGCGGCGCGUCCAGUGCAUGCAACGCCACUUAAAGGUGAGUAAAAAGUGCAGCAUGCUCGAGCCGUUGAUUGUGUACCCCAAGGAUGAGAAGUGGGGGUUCUGGUGA